AUGACAACAUUCACUCCUGCCACCUUCCACCAGCUUUUAACAGAACGGCUGGUUUUAAGGAAGGGCCCCGAUCCACCAACCCAGCCUUGCACAGCCAGUCACGCCCCCGCGCCCCCAGGCAGCACCUCCGGGGCCAGCGGGCAGCGCCGGGCUCCGACCGCCCCUCGUCCCGCCUCCUGCCCCCGGCCCCCGCCCCGCCAUAAGCCACGCGUGCGCCCUGCGCCUCCCGGGCCCGGCGCUCCCGGCGCGCCGGAAGUGGUGUCUGGCGGGCCGCGCGGGACUCGGGCGGGGAUGGAGGCGCCGGGGGAGGUGGUGGCGCAGCUGCGGAGCCUGGCGGUUGGGCCGGGCGAGGGGCAGGCGGCGGGCGCGGAGACGGGGCCGGGCGAGGGGCAGACGGCGGGCGCGGAGACGGGGCCGGGCGAGGGGCAGACGGCGGGCGCGGAGACGGGGCCGGGCGAGGAGGGGGCGGCGGGCGCGGAGACGGGGCCGGGCGAGGAGGGGGCGGCGAACCCUCUGAGCUCUCGGAAGGGCGGUGGGGAAGAGGGAGCGCACCGCUCGCCGCCGCCCGCGGGGCCCAGCGGGCCUGCUGCCGCCGCACCCUCUUCGGCCUCGGACAGUGAUACGGAUUCAGAUGGUUCAUCAACUACAUCUUCCUCUUCAUCUUCCCCUUCAACAUUAUCUGAUGAAGAUGAUCAUCCAAAUGAGAAGGAUAACCGAUCUUACUGUGUUAAAACAAAAGAUGAGUUGCCUAUUGACGAACUGCCUCCUGUUGAAGACUUAACAGUAAAUCUGCCUGAUGAUGUCGAACUGAAGCUCUUUGGGACAGUGUCCAGCAUCAUUGAGCAGCUAGUAAUAGUUGAAUCACUGAGAGGCCUACCUCCAGUAAAUGAGGAAAGCAUAAUUUUUAAAGAAGAUCGACAAGCAGCAGGAAAGAUAUUUGAAAUAUUUGGUCCUGUUUUACAUCCCUUUUAUGUGUUAAGAUUUAACAGCUCUGAGCAUAUCAAAGCAAAAGGUAUUAAUGUGCAGGAUAGCAUGUAUUUUGCUCCGUCGGUGGAGGACUUCACACAGUAUAUAUUUGCAGAGAAGCUGAAACAGGAAAAAGGCUCAGAUGCAUCUUGGAAGAAUGACCAAGAACCACCACCUGAAGCCUUGGAUUUCAGUGAUGAUGAAAAAGAAAGAGAGGCAAAACAAAAGAAAAAGAAGCCUCAAAGUCAAGGAAAGAAGAAACUCAGAUCAGAAACAAAUGCAUCAAGUGAGAACAAGGGAUUUAAUCAGUCAUUGCAGCAACCUGCUUCAAGUUAUUCAAGGGGAUACCGUGGCAGAGGGUUCUCCAGGGCUCCAUUUCCUCCUUUGUCAGGCCCUCCGGGUUUUUUGAAACCACAAGUAAAACCUCCGCAUCUCUACUCUUCAGACAACAGAGUACAUCAGGAAACUCCAGUAUUUCCACAACCUCACAGAAAAGAAAAUGCAAUGAUGCAACAGUAUCCCUUUCCUUCUCCAGUUUUUGGUUCUGUUAAUGACGUGCAUCAAUUCCACCUUCCGCCUUCAAAUAUGAAUAUGAUUUGGACAGGCCCAAACAUGUACAACUCAUACCCAUUUUUACCACCUCCACCACCUCCUCCUCCACCUCCUCCAGAUAGCCAUCCUUCACAGUUCAGGCCUUAUUAAGUUUCCAUAAAUACGGAGUUUGAGGAGAAGAAGAACAAGCUGCCAAGACUGCAUUUCCUUAUUUUGGAAAUGCUUCAUUUUUCUGUGACAAUAGAACAAAUGCAGAGUUUGAAGCUUUGUGGGACACACAUAGCUAAUUUUUUCUAUGUUUUCUAUUUCAAAAAAUGAAACUAUUAUAAAAAUAACUGAAUGUUAAAUAAUGGUUUAUUUUUAUAAUAUCUGAUAAUUUUGGAUGAUAAAUAAAACUUACUGGAAACUGGUA